CAGUAACCGUUCCAUAGCGCUAGGAGAAGGUGGUCGAUCCAACAGUACAUUAAUAAUGGCUUCCGACAAAACUCAUCCCCCUACGUACGAUCAGAUCCACCCACCGCAAUCGAACCCCAACAUACCUACCAUUUAUAGUAACGUAGAACAAUUCAACCCCACCCCAGCCACAACCACGGUUAUUGUAACGAAUACUGCAGUUGGUCCUGAUCCGACCACGGUGACGUGUCCAUCGUGUCGAGCGACUGUUGUUACCCGGUUGGAGUACGAGACUACAACCAAAACCCACGUGUGCGCCGCCCUGUUGUGUCUUUUCAUCUGUUGGCCCUGCGUUUGCAUACCGUACUGCUCGACUUCGUGCCGAGACGCAAACCACUACUGCCCGAACUGCGGUUCGUUCAUUGGCACCUAUCGAAAGUAGAAAGCUUUCAAGCGCGCGAAAAGCUUCAACAUAACCGGCAGUAUCAUCAGUUUCAUUUGAGUGUGUAACAACAGCGAAAAGCUUCCGCCAUGCCCAAAUGGCAAGUGGAUUUUUGUCGCUAGUGUAUUAUAGUGCAUUAGAUCAUAGCUCUGCAGGCCGUACUAUUUGAAAACUUGUUUACGAUAUCUACUAGUCGCCCGCUGAUGCAACCACGAUUUCUCCUUUCGAGUGGGUUACCGUCCGUCCGAAACCCGGCGGGAAAGAGGGGCACGGCAAGGUUGACGCGUUGGUGUAGUGGAAGUUUUUUUCAGUCAGUUGGCGGCCGUGAGCAUAAAUUAAUUCUACGCUAGAUUGUGUUUGAUUGUGCUUUACUUGUUCAUGUAUAGUAUCAUUAUAAUAGGUGUACUGGAUGCCUUGUGCUAUUGUUGUUUACGCACUUUGCAAAGUAAACACUCUGCUCUGCAUUAUGGAAUGAUUUCUUUGCCUGCAUUAGUUUUAUUGCUGGAGAGUUAGAUAGAAUUCUAAUCUGGCAGGCAGAGCGAGUAGGUAUAACAAACAACAAUAAGCGGGGAGCGUUUAACUUAUUUAUGCGGCGCAAUAAUUGUAGAAGAACGAAAAAAAAACCAUUGAAGCGCAAUACGAUCACAUUUAAUCUGUUUUAACUUUUAUUUGGAGCGUUUUUCUUUAACAACCCGUCAUAUAGUUUAUGUGAAACAGAACGAACCAUUUAUUUAGCAAUAAUGUUUAUAUCUAAUCAAUUCCAUCAUUGUCAUUUAGUGUGUA